AUUGCCGUAAAGCAUUUCAGCUCUGUGACUGUCGUGGAGUGGGUGGGUGACAGUAAACAGCGAUAAUUUGACAAAGGGAUUCUUGUAAAUUGAGUUUUUUCUAUUUAUUUUUUGUUAUUCGAGCACAGUUAUUUAAGAUGGCUGAAAAAUUUGAUAAUCUGGAGGAGCAUCUGGAGAAAUUUAUCGAAAAUAUUCGACAACUGGGAAUCAUCGUCAGCGACUUCCAGCCUAGCAGCCAAGCAGUACUUAACCAAAAACUCAAUUUCAUGAUAUCCGGAUUACAAGACAUCGAGAAGUGCCGGCAGCAGCUCCAUGAGAUCAACGUACCGCUGGAGGUCUUUGAAUACAUUGACCAAGGCCGAAACCCUCAGCUGUACACCAAGGAAUGUCUGGAGAGAGCCUUGGCGAGGAACGAGCAGGUCAAGGGGAAGAUUGACACUAUGACGAAAUUCAAGAGCCUUCUAAUCUCCGAGCUCAGCAAAGUCUUCCCAGAAGAGAUGUCUAAGUAUAAGGCUAUACACGGAGAGGAUGCCCCCUCCUAAUGAGUGCUGCACCAUAACCCCUGACCUCCAAUCUGUGACCCUUGAAAUGAAAGCCUGAAUGGAGUUUGACCAAGUGGGAACCUCUGUGGUUUCCACCAGAAUAUGAUAAGAACCCGUUAAUAUUACUCGUAAAUAUUGUGAUGCUGUUGCUGACCGGUACAGUGAGGGGGAAGGUUUUAUCUCUGCUCAGCACCUCCGCAAAACUCCGCAAAAUAUACUCCGCAAAUCCUCCCCUUUUAUCUACAUUUAAACUUUAAACUUUAAAGAAAUACAAAUCAACAGUGAGGGAGAAGCAGAGAGGAUAUUCAUUAAUUUCAUGUUGCCAGGAGACACAUUUGUUUUUAAUGUCCCUGCUGAUGCAUGAAAUUUUAGUAAGCAGCAGAGCAAUUUCUACACCCAUCUAUACAGACAAAAAUGUUGAAGAACCACAAGGCCCUGGUCUGAUUCCACAUUAGGGAAUUUACUCCAUCAGUUGUACAUAUAGUAUAUUUAUACUCUUACACUCUACCUUUUGUAAUGCUUCCUAUUCAUUGUGCAACAUACCUUUGUAUCACACACAGUUCAUGACAUUUUGUAUCAAGCUCAGGUUUCUAAUGGCCAUGAUUAUCAAAUGCAAAUAUUAUCCGAUGAUAAUUCUGUGCCUGAUUACAUGACAUGGUCAGAAAUGAGUCCACUCUUUAUUUGUAACUUGUUUGUAUUAUAAUUUUUGUUAUUAAAUGAUGAUCCUUGUUGGUCUGA